AUGCACGCUUGCCAGUUACUUACAGCUAUUUACAGAGUUUUCCCGGGUGUAUUGGAGGUGAAAGAUUGUGUACCAAUCUACGAAUUGGUCUAUUGUAAUCAUCGAGGUUUAGCGCAAGCUGCAGGCGAAUUCUUGAACACAAAGGUAUUUCAACAUCGUGCAAGUGUCAGUACGGCAAGUCAACGAGGACACGAAAACGCUGAAUUAAUAAUUGAUUUGAUUCAGUUCUUCAUUGAAGGCGAUUGUCAUGAUCAUGCAGCGUAUUUGGUAGAUGCAUUAAUUGAUACAAAUUCAAUGAUGAAAGACUGGAAGACGAUGGCUGAUCUGCUACUAUCCGGAGAAGCCGAUCGUUUCGAUAGUGAACUGAUCGAAGUGUUGGUUUGUGCAGUGAGGCAAGCAGCCAGCGGUGAAGGACCGGUUGGCAGAUCGCAACUGAAGAAAGCUGCUGCAACACAGAAGGAAGCACGUGUUCUCAACGAAGAUAAAGCAAAGAUCUCCGAAGUUCUGAUUCCAGUAUUACCUCAACUUCUUCACAGAUUCAUCGCCGAUCGUGAUAAGGUGGCAAAUUUGAUUACGAUUGCGAUGCAUUUCCAGUUGGAAAUUUAUUUGGCGGGGCGACUUGAAAAGCAUCUGGAUGACCUAAUGGACGUUAUGGAGAGUAUCGUUGAGAAACAUGCGGACGAUGAAGUGCUUCAGAAUGUGGCUGAAGUGAUCACUUAUUUUACGACAAAUAUUGCGGUUGCGCAACAUACAGAAACACAUCGACUGAAAAUGUUGGACGGUCUAGCACUGCAGUUGAGACAUUCCGUACAACGUUUUCACCGAGAAGCAACGUUGGAUGAAGAAGACGAUGCAGCAAUGCUAGCUGCUUUUCGCAAAAUUACUGCUUUCGCAAUGUUCGAAGAUCUCAAGAAAUGGCAGUUGUGGGAUCAAGCGCUAAGUGUUCUAAUAAAUCCAGAGGAUAAACAGGCGUCGAGGGAUGUUUGCGAAAAAGCCGUUCUUCUUUUAUUCAACACGCUGGCGUGGGAUUUGCAUCGGUUGAUCACUGAGCAGGAGCCGAAUAAAACUGAAGCCAAUAAACUCUUGAAGAAGCACCGUGAUCAGUUUUUGCAUAUGAUCAGCAAUGUUCUAAUCAGUGGAGCGUCUGGAGUGGAGAAUGCUUUUCUUUGUCUGGUUGACACGUUGAUAAUGUUCAAUCCCCCCGACAAAAGUCUCGAAUACCAACUGGAUCCACAAACUGUUUUGCGCAUAAACGCGUUCGUAGUGGAUAAUGUUUUUGUGGAGGAAAAUGAAUCGGAUCUGACAAUGGAUCAGCAAUCACAGAUUGAGUUGAUGCAUAAGAGACGUAAUCUGUUGGCGCAGUACAGUAAAUUGAUUCUGCACGGCAUACUCGACAUUCAAAACGCAGCAAAUGUGUUGCGCUUCUACACUAAAUUCUACACGGACUUUGGUGACAUCCUAAAGGUACUCAUCAACAAAUGCCGAGAACUUGACAAACUGGGAUGCGCAAAAGCGGUCGUUGUGUCAUUGCAUGACUUCUACGAGGACAUCAAGCGUAAAUCGGAAGGCGGUUAUGUGGACCCGAAUUCAGACGGCUUCUCGGCAUUACGUGAACUUGCCAAACGCCUGUCGGGUGUUUUCGGCUCAGAUCCGAUAAAAAGUCGUGAGCCACUUGCAGUUGUUCAUAGAGAGGAAGAGAUCGACUAUUUGGCGAGAGUUAAAUGCAUUCUAUUUUCUAGAGAAGGAAUUCUGUAUGCUCUGAAAUCCGAGAAGGGAGCUCGACCAGAAAAUAUCUCGUUCUUGGAAGUUCUUAUCGAAUUCAGCGGUAAAUUAAUGCGGCAAGAUAAACAGUCUAUUUUGAAAUAUCUGGAACGGCAUGGAACAGAUUUUGGCACGGAGGAACCAUACAUCUUAUAUAAGGGAUCUUUACAGUGGGACCGAAAUGAAGAAUUAACGGCUCUGCGACCUGCUCCAGCUCGAGGUCGUGGGCGAGGCCGUGGCAGGGGACGGGGUACGCCAACUCCGUCAGUAUACGGUGCAGAUGACUGA